AUGGCAGACAGAAUAGUCACUAACAUCCGUCUCGCAGAACCUAUGACACCUGCUCCGGACAACAGAUUUUAUGCGACGUUUACCUGGAACCCGCCAGUUUACCCUUACAAGAACAUAACUGAAUACGCGUUUACAUGGUCCAAGCAACCUGAACAUCUGUAUUUAAACAAGGGUGGUGGUAGCCCUGUAAGUUUUUUCAUUUGUUUAUUCGUUGAUAAUUUUAAAUUGAAUGUCAAAAGAUAUCUGGACUGCUUUUUUUUUUUGCUUAACAUCGCUCUGUGGUUGUUCCCGAAAACUUGCCCAACUGUUUCAGCCUACCAGAUACACGACUUGGUCACUCGCGUUCUCCCGCGCUUUAGGCUAAUUUUCUGUGAGUUCUCAUCUAUCCUGUUGUUGAUCUGGCCUUGGUUGUUUUACAAAAAUUAAUAGCGAAGAGUGCUUUACGACAAGAUCAAUAAUAACUAUAGCUAAAACUUCAACCUCAAAAGCGCAGGAAUCACAAAUAAGUAAAUUCUUUAACAUAACUCAAAGAAAACAUUAGACUUCUCUUAGCUUUUUCAACUGCAGCUUUCUAAUAGCAAGACCAUUAGUGACCUUUUGCCAGGGACGAUUUACAAAGUUCAGGUGAGUAGAAAUUCUACUUAAAAAUGUGUCUGUCACUGCACAAGUAUAAUCAGUGGGAAAGGAAUGUUAGGGGGCAAAAUCCUAAAAUCGUAAAAUCCUCAUAUUUUGAAUUAUAUAAUUUGGCAAUUAGCAGUCUGAUCGAAUCAAAUAUGUUACAUGAACUAAUGGUUUUACGCUUUUGAAGAAGGUUUCCUGAUCAUCUCUGAUUAGUGAAUAACAGUUAGUAUUUCAAGAGAAAGCUAUUUCAUUUGUUCUCGGUGCCUUUUCUCCACAGGUCUAUCCAUUUUUUCAAGAUAGAAGCCCUUCGUCAGAAUUUAGUGAUGCAACUUUUACUACUCCGGGUGAGUGAUGAAAAAAUGAAAUAACUUGUAUAAGAAGUGGGAAGGUUGAGGCACGGGAGAUUUUGAAAAGCUGCUGCCCAUAAAAUAAAAACAUAAACUCAAUUGCAUUAACGUUGUCAUAGAAACAAGCAAAAAGGAAAAAGGUAAAGGGUAAAUUUAAUAGGCACAAAGCAUAACAAGAAAAUUUUAACUCUUGAGCAGAAGCAUAUGGCUCUAGCAUAUAUACUUUUUCCCCCCAAUUUUUCGAAUCACUUGAAAUCGAUAAACACCUUAUUUUCACAGGAGGUUUAAUUUUCUUUUUUUUUUUGUGAAAAUUGUUCAGCCACCGGGUAUAUCGCCAUAGGGCAGUUUUAUGUGCAAAUCGAUUCCUGUUUAGUUUUUUUCCUAUUUUUUAUUUUAAUUGUUGCAGUUUGGUGUAGUUCAACUUAAUGUUGUAUUCUUUUUUUAACGCUUUCACAUACGAUAAAUAGAGAGCAGCUAUUCAGUAAUUCCAUCGAAACAUCCGCAAAUUGUAUUUCUUUACAUCAUGUUCAUGUAGGAAAUCGAUAAUUUUGACCACUGUUUUGACGAAUAUCGUCGUCGAUAAGAGUACAUACUACACCAAAACAUUUUUUGUUUUUUUUUUACCACAGUACCGACGUCAAGUAAAACGAUUCUUUCAGUGCGUGACCAUUGCGUUGACGCUAGCAGCGUUGUCUGUACUUUGUCUGUACGGCAAAUUGACCAAUCAGACUGCGACAUUACUGCUCUGCAUCCCAGGUCCCCCAUCCCCCAUUACCACGUAAAAUGAAAAAUAGACGGAAGUUUUAAGUUGCCUUUUGCCGAUUCUCGCGGUUUGUUCGAAGACACUUUUUACCAUCCAGGAUGAUUAAUUAUUUUUUACUUAACACUGAUUUUGUGGUUUCUUUUUAAAAAGCAGAAUUUUGAUUUUUUAUUAUCCUUCAAGUCACACAGACUGAAGCUGUCCGAUCUUUCAUAGAUGGACAUUAAAUUUAAAAAUGAUGGUAAAAACAUUACAAAAAAUUUCCAAUGAUGGUAUGUUCAUGGAUUCAAUAACUUGCGCUGGACUUGAUGCGAAUGACGUCCUUAGAGUCAGUCCAUAUUUCACACUGACGUUUCAAAUUGAAAUUUCAUAGUGAUUGACCAGCCAACUUUUAUUAGAAUUACGUUGUGUUUGCUAAGAUCCUCUUGCGGUAAUCUUGGAUCUUGUUUUCAAUAUUACUUUUAUUAAAAUGAGUAAAAAGAGGAUCCCUUGUUAAAAAAUUGCCAACACCGUAAAAUGUCUUUAACAAUGUCAAUCGAAAAUUUGUCAAUCUUUAUUUAAAAUGAAUUUUUAAUCUCGAAAAAUUGCCCGUUAAAAAAAUUUAAAUGGCUCCAUAUUCCGUAGAGUGGUAUCUUUUUUUUUUAUUUGCAAAAACGCAAAUGUUAUAUGUUACAGUUAUAAUAAUAAUUUCGUUUCUUUUUCCUUUUUUUAAUUUAAAGGGCUCCCAUAUUCCGUGGAGCGGUAUACCUUUUAAUGGUAAAAAAUGCAAGAGUUAUAUGCUACGUUUCUUACUAGUUUCUUAUUCACAAAGCAUGAAUCGACCUAACAUCGUCAAACAACUGACAAUAACAAUGUCUUCCUCCUUGCUGUUAUACUAGGCAUUGAUCCAAACGAAGUCAAAGUAACCCAUUUGACCGCUGGCCAAUUCACCGAGUCUUCAGACGGUGGCAGUUUAAGUGUUCUUAUAUCAUGGGAAAAGCCUAUUUUUAACUACAGCACGCUUGCUUUGUAUACAUUUCGAUACAAGGUUGGUAACAAAAAUGGCAAAGAGGAACUGAUGGUAAGAAACUGUGUAUUGAAAACUUUAAGACUUUAUAAAUAUAUGCUUAAAUUGGCACCAUAAUAUCGACUGUUAGCAUGAAAAACCAAUGCUAUAAAGAGGCGAAAGAAGGCAUCACAUACACGAAAGAUCACUUAAUACCUAUAAUAAUCUUUUAGCCUUUGAUAAGAGUUUUUUAAUUACUUUAACUUUAUUGAUGGACUCGGCAACAGGAGCAUUCUUCAAUUAAUCGAGGAUUUUUCAGUUUCCGGAACGAAAAUUUCUGUACAUCGACUCUUUCACAGAUUUCUAAACCAACGUUGCUAUGAAUAGUCAACAGAAAUUGUCGUUUCUUUGCCUGGCAAAGGACUAAUCAUAGCACUGUUCUCUCUCGUUUUUAAUUUGGAUGUUUUAAAUGAUAUUUUGGUUGUUAUGGAUACUAGUGCUUUCUCUGAAGUACCUGAAUGUAAUGUAAUGGUCUCUGACUCUAAACUCUGGGAAAGUUUUUCAGAUAGCACCUGUUUAUGUGACAAUUUAGACACUUUUAAAUCUAAGCUUAUGACCUAUAUUUUUGAAAAAUAUCUUUUUUUAAUAGAAAUUUUAAUCUUGUUUUAGUAACUUUGAUUUAGUUUCCAUUCUUUGCCCAUUUUUGUAAAGCGACAGGAACUUGUUCAUCCAUUUACCUUUAUUCUAAUAUUUAUAUUGUUUAUUUCUCAGUCUAACCAGACAUAUUUCAACAUUUCUGGAAUACUGCAUGGUAAACUGGUCAGAUAUUGGGUAAGCUUAUGUCCACGGAUUUGUCCAUUUAUACGGGGUGAAACCAGGAAUUUCUGAUGGCAGAAGGGUUAAGGAUUUUACCUACCUCUCAACGACAAUUCCAACCUUAGUUGAAGUUCAAGUCUUCCCUAUCCUGGUUGUAAGCACUGCCAAUUUAGUGACGAAGAACUCCUUGGCGUGUAAAUCAAUACACUAAGUAAAAAAUUUCUGGUAUUAUUACUUCAACAAUUUAAACGAACCAUGUAGCAGUUAUGUCAUCUACGAUUCUUUUUUAGGUGACGCCGCAUUACCAACACGAUUGGGUCAAAGGAGUACAAGUGUAUGGAAACAUUACAGCGCCUGGUGAGAAUAGGGAAAAUCCAUUAAUUAUAAAUAAAUGGAUAGGUCAUAGAUGUUGGGCUAUUCCUUAAAAUGGGUCUCAAGAAUAAUAUUUAAUAAUAAUUCGUGUGAAAAGUACGAUAACGUGGAAACAAUCCUGCUCGAGCGAGAAUCAAGUGAAAUUCAGUUUCAAAUAUAAUUAAAGAGAAAAAAAGCUAAGGGUUCCUUUGUUUGUUCCAAAGUCCCAAAUUAAAAGGUACCGUUCAAACCUCUUCAAAAUCUAACCGAGUACUCCCCAAAAAAUAUCGACAAAAAAAUAAGAAACCAAGAUAUCAUGCUUGAGGAGACGAAGGGCAUGCGCAGUAUUUAGUGCACCAAAAUUUUGCAUUGAGAGACAACUGACUGCACUCUCUACUUAUACGAUCCUUUUUCAGAAUUUCAUGCAACACUUAAAGUUUGGGUAUUCGUGGGUGCUUGACGGGAACAUUUCUUUUAUUUUUAUGCUUUUUUUUCUUUUCAAAGAACUUGAAAACCAGGAAAUACAAGUGCAAAACCUACGUGUAGGUUCGUUUCUCGAAGACGAAGAAAGCAAUACUUUCAGCGUCAAUUUCACCUGGGAACCUCCGCCAUUCAAGUUUAGCACUGUGCGCUCUUACACUGUGUCUUAUGAAUUAUACGGAGAUUAUUCAAGGGAAGAACUUUCUUGUCCACCAUUACAGAUGGGCAGUCGCCGAUUAGGAUGUUCCAAAAGUGGAGAUGUAAGUUUGGAUUAGAUGGGCGUGUGUAAUGCAAUCUGUUCAUCUUUUGUAAGAGACAAUUGAGGAUUUCAACUAGUUAAUUUUCAUUAACCCCACCAGAAUAGCAGAAAGUUAGACAGUAGUUAGUUAUACAAAUUUUCCAUUUACAAUAAUAUUGAAUAUAAGAACGAAAGUAACGACGAGAACAAGAAUGAACAUUUUUCAGCGAUAGCCGUUGUCAUAGCGAUGGCAACGCCAUGUUUUUUGUAAGAUUUUGCCAUUUGUGUUCAUUCAAUAAUCCUUUCAUUGGUCUCCUUUUAUAGAACUUGACAUUUCUGCAGAUAUCUGGAAUGUUUCCACGUGAAAGCGUCACUGUGAAGGUAUAUUGCAUUGGUUGCAGUUUGAAGCCCUCUUUUGCCAACAGCGCAAAACGGCAUUGACGUUUGACGAAAACUAAAAUUCAUCAAGAAGUAUUUCCGCUUCCAACUUCAAAAAUUUGUGCAGCGUGGGACUUGUCUUAGGAGGAAAAAUUUUUCAAUACAACCAAUAAAUCUCUUACAUCGGAGAGACACCUCUUUCUCUCGAGCACCAUCCCAGGCUUCAAGGUUGUCUCUCGAAGGCACUUCAUGAAUUGAGUAAAAGCUAAUCGUUAAAUGUCUGGUUUAAAAUUUUUAGGUUACGCCCAUUUACAGCAACUCAUACAUCACUGGGAAAAUGGCAGAAGAAAGAGGAACUGCGCCUCGUAAGAAAACUUUCUUUUGCACUUCACCAACCAGUUAUUCGUUAUUAACAUUUAUUUCAGCUAUUUCCUCUGAAAGACUUCAUUUAAGGAUUACCAUAAUUAUCAAUGUGGUAAAUAGAUUGAUCCAUGACUCUGUGUAAAACGAAACUUCUAUCCCAUAGUUUUUUAACUAAUGCAAAUGGCUACUGAUCUUAACUUUGGCGAUUUGUAUCCUGCCUUAAAACAGAACCCAGAGAGGAGCUUGUUCAGGUCAAUAGUUUGAAGUAUGAUGAGAUUUUCCCGACUGCCAACAACACUUUCCGCACGACAGUGAGCUGGGAGAAGCCACUUUUCACCCACAGCGAUGUACACCACUACAGUUAUAAAGUGGUGGCGAUAAAUUCUCUGUUACGGAAAAGGAGAGAAACGCUUUCGAACACCAUGAUAACAACGGUAGGAGAAAUUAUUUUUAUCAGAUUAGAAAAAACGCCCAAACAGUACUUGCAGUUACCCACAAAAUGCGCAGUGAACUCCAUGCACUGUACAGGGCAACUGAACAACAAAGAUCUCAGCCUUGUUGAUUCUUAAUUUCUACCUCAAAUUUUCUGCACGACUUAAAAGGACAUCAGGGAGAAGCGGUGGCUUUAGGGUUAGUGCAUUGAACUCCGCGUCCUGAGACCAUAGUAAUUCAUUCUCACAGUGCUUUUCUUCAUCCAAGAGUAUGGAUGAAUAUAAUCUAAAUGUGUGAAAAGCCUGGCAAAAUGCCAGGGGUAACCUUGUGAUGGCUUAUUGUCCUAUUCCCGGGGGGAGUAGAAAUACUCCUCGUUGCUUCAUGCAACAGAAACUGGGAUGAGCACUGGAUAGAAAGGCCAUUUCGCUCGAGUUAAGAAGUUUCAAGAGAUUUAACUCAACCAAGACGCUAGUGAAUAUGAAGGCGAUUUGAACCUUUUAUCCUGGCUAAUUUGAUCACCAGGAAAUUCUGGGCCAAUUUCCAAAAAGAUCGAAGCAGGCCCACUUGGCGAUGUUGGACGCCCAUUGAGGCAAAUUUGUCCCUCGAACUUGGUCCUAGGCUUUGUUCCAAACCAACUUUUAUUAACUCAAAUUUUGGCGGCAGUUAAGCUGCCAAAAUUUGAUUAAGCAUACGCAUAAAUAUGAUUACGCAUACUUAUCUUCGAAAACUUUCCUUAUUGAUGACUCGCCGUCUAUGUGGUUUCACUUCCGCAGACUGGUACCAGUGUUACGAUCAGUGGGAUCAGUCGAGUCGAUGGAGUCGAAUUCCAGGUAAUUUAGCACAAUUCUUUCGCGUGAGCGAAGCUCAAGCUGUCUCCCCACGUACAAAGGUUAACUGGCGUAAAAAAGUUAGUUAUACGUGUAACCGAGAUAUUCAGUAAUAACUAGCGUAGAAAUUUCAAAAAAUAAAGAUCGACGAUGUGAGUUUCAUAUGUAAGAGGAACAUUGAGAUAUGGCUCUCCAUUAGAAGGAUAGUGGAACUCUUAUCACGAAACUGCUUGGGGCUCUCUACGGUAGGGGAGCUCUUGCUCGCAAGAGCUACAAUCGGCGACAAAAUUGUUGACAAACUGACCUUUUUAACUCCCUGUUAAUUCAGUUUUUUUCUCAUUUACCCUGGUUAAGUAAACCCUUUCGCCCCCUUAUCCCCGAAAAGAUGUGGUUUCGCGAUUCCAUGAACUUUUAGCUAGAUACAGGCACAUUGAAUGGGGGAGGGAAGGUCUUGUCAAUUAAUUUGUUGACUAAGAGUGUGGUAGAGACAGGAGUGUCAUUCUACACAUAAACAGGACUCUUCAUCAUGAUGUGUCAAAUCAUUUGGACACUGAUUGUAGCUUUCAUCAUGGAGUUUACUCAUUUAUUUGUGCCUUUUCAGGUUACUCCAGUAUUCGUUGUGUCUGUGGUUACUGGUGCAGAUGCCAAGAUCUCGCUUGCCUGGAAAUCCCAAACCGGUAAAUGCUAUACUUUUAUUUUUGAAACGAGAGUAGCCGGGAAUUUGGCGUCAUCCUCUCAACUAACCAGCCUCAAAACUAAAAGUAAUCGCCAUUUGGUUACUCGUGUUUGAUCGCGCUUAAAGUUUGCCUGUUUUCACCUUGAGUUCUUAUUGACUCUUCGUGAUCUAACUUAUGAUAAACUUGGUUUUGGCUUUGCGACACCCAGUAGUGAAGCAUACAAAGAAAAUUCUAUACAGCUUCAUAGAAGAAGAAUUGCUAAAUUAAUAUUUUUCUCUUAUUGCAUUUUACGAACUCCUUCGAGCUCUUUCUUAUGUUAAAUAUUUUCUUACAUACAUAUUUUGCUCCUAUGAGGUAUAUAAAAGGUUCGACUUUGACGACGAUUGUAGUGAUUAUGACGAUGAUGCUGCUGCUGAUGACAAGGAUGAUGAUGAUUAUCAUUAUUUUUAGAUAAAAAUCCUGUGUCUGAUCCAAUGACCACCGCUGAGCUGGCUGGGCUUGUCAUAGGAGUGAUACUAGCUGUAUUAAUAGCAACAGGGUUACUCUUUUGGUGUUACCGUGAAAGACAAAGGAAGCUUGGAGCUAAAGGACGUGUCUCUGGGUAUGUUGAUUUAUCGUCUGAUAAAUUUCAUUUUUUUUUUUUCAUAUUUUGCAUUCAUCUUUUACUCAUUUACUUUUCACCUUCGCAGUAAGAAUGCUCUAAUGAUUGAUCAUUGGGAGGUAGAUGGAGACUCAGUGACCCUGGAGGAGGAGCUUGGAGAGGGGGCCUUUGGAAAGGUGUACAAAGGGGUCCUCAAGGAAUCUACAUCACCAUCACGGAGACUCUCCAUCAUGCGUCCCAAACGCCCCAUGCGUAGAAACAUGCUCAAGCAAACGGAAGGACUUAUUGUGGCGGUUAAAAUGCUACAUGGUGAGUUGAAUUUAUGUAAUCUUCUCAUACAUAAACGCCUUACACUAAUCAAGAAAAAUAAUAUCACACCCUGCUGGAGGUGGAAAAUUAAGGCAAAGGUCGACUGAAAUUAUCAUUUUUCAUUACAGGAAUGACAGAUAACGAUCAGCGCAGAGAAUUUCUUGAGGAGAUACGGCUAAUGAAAGCCGUAGGAACGCACAAAAAUAUUGUUAACAUGCUGGGCUGUUGCACUGUGGAGGAACCAAUGUUUUUGCUUGUUGAAUAUAUUCCUCAUGGAGACCUUUUGCAUUACUUGCGAAAACGUCGAGGAAAGGUAUUCACCUUACGCGAUGUAGCAUCAAGAUAGAAAAAUAGCUCACUUGCACAAUCGUUUUUAAAUGAAACUGUGAACGAAUCCUGCGUCGAGGAUUCCGAGUCAUGUGGACACCCUUUUCGGUGUCAUUCCUCUACUGAAAGACGUGAGAUCAGAUAUCUCGAGUAAUAACUUGAGAUGGACUUCCUUACGAAUAAGGGAUAAUUUGCUGAGGGGGGACUUUAGUCAAGUUGAUCUUUUCUAAGUAAUCAAUUAGAAGAUUUUGUCUGUUUCAUUUCAAAAAAUGGCGAAUUUCGAAACAGUUAUGAAUCUAAAGAAAUGAAGAAAGAUGUUUUUCGUCUAAUAAAACAAAACGAACAAAACCCUUCCUUUCUUUCUGUAAUAAAUUUAUUCUGAUCUGUGUAUAUUAUUUAUGUGUAGUAAUGGAAAAUUAUUAGAAAGUCAACAGGAAAACAGCGGCAAUAAGGGUAACAGUAACAGCAAAGGUUUUACUGAAAAAGAGAGUAAAUGCAGCAAAGCCAAAAGAAAUGAAACGAUUCAGAUCUUAGUCAGCCCUUAGUUUUUGCCAGCGAGAGCUUUUUAAAUUUUCAAGCACCAAACUGAUCAGGUAAGAAGUAUGGACGGGAACAAGUGCUGGUUAAUUGCUUAACUGCGAUAUCUUUGUGACCAACUAAGGAUAACAAUCAAUUUCAUCCUCCUCCUUUUUUUGACUUCAACCUCUUCCGUUAUGUCCAUACCAUUUCCUUUCAGACCACAAGGAGUGACUGCAUUUAUGUUAACAACACUGAUGCACUAAAAGGUGACGAUGGAAAUAUUCAAAUUAUAUCAUUUACACAAUCUGCCAAAACAGAAGAGAGAGGGAGAGAAAAUACAAGAAUGGACAAAGAUGAAGUUCAUGAAGACGCUGAUGACGACGAGGAGACUCUAAGCCCAGGAGACCUUUUUAGCAUUUUCCUGGCAAAUCAGCGAAGGAAUGGUGAGACACUGAUUCGUUUGAAUCAACUCAGCAAUAACUUGAUGCUUACCUUGCGCAAGGCAUUAACAAUUGGCUAAAUUGUUCGGAAAGUCACAACAGUGAACAUCGGACUAUUCUCUUAAAAAAUAUCACACUAACCUUGAGUUAGCGAAGGAUUAAGUGAUAAUUUUGAAGAAGGUCACUAAUAGGCACAACAGGAUUUUCUAUCUUUAUUGCUUGACCCUGUAGUUGACUUGUUCUACGCAAAAAUGGACUAGCGUUCACGUGCUCGAGCGUGAGUUAUCCUAGAGAUUUCCUGGGUUUUCAAUUGUGAUUGAAUGUUGGGACGAGUGCGAAUCCACCAGCAGGUCGGGUACAAACCAAUACAAACUGGGUUAAAAUAUGCUGAGAGAUUGGUGUAGCCGUCCUAUCAUUAGAAGUACUACACUAGAAACGCAUGAAUUAAAUACCAUCCCCGAUAACAGAUCGAAAAUUGGAAGAGGAUAUGUGGAAUAAGCACUUAAGGUCAUCUGUAAGAAAAGUGUUGUAUCACAGCAGUAGUUUUUCUUGCUUCAGUUCUUAUUAUUCGCCAAAAAAUAUGGAGCUAGGUCAGGUUUAGUCUUUUUGAGUGAAUGCGUAUACUGGUAAAGAAUUCUUGUGAUGUUAGGUUGUUUCUGUCAUGGAUGAACUCUUCUAAAUUCUUAUUUUUGCUUUUACUCUUGCAGGAGUAUCUGGCAAGGAAAGGAUUCGUGCAUCGUGAUUUAGCGGCCCGCAACGUUCUUGUUGGUGAUAAUAAGAUAGCGAAGGUGGCAGAUUUUGGUCUGACUCGCCACGUUUAUGAAGAGAAGGUUUAUCAUGCAAAAAGGAACCGAAAACUUCCCUUGAAGUGGAUGUCAGUUGAGGCCAUCUUUGAUCAUACCUUCACAGCUCAGAGUGAUGUGUAAGUUAAAGUUUUGUUUAAAAUGGCUAUUAUUUUUAUAAGCUGUUCGUAAAAAUUUAGUGACUAUUGUUCAUCUUAUUUCAAUAACUAGGUGGGCUUUCGGCGUUCUCCUGUGGGAGCUGGUAACAUUAGGUAAGGAAAAGGUUUCCUCAAAUUCUUUUCGUUUAUUGAUCAAUACGUUAGUCCACAAAAGCUAGUUGUACGUAGUUUUUAAGCCAGUCCAAUCCAACGUAAAUAUGGAAGAAAGCCAAUAGGACCUCACAGUAAAUAGAUAUUCAUGACAUUACUGAAGAAAUUCCUUUGGCAUAGAUUAACGAUCGGUUGUUUCUCAGCAAUUGGCUGAGCAAGUUUUGUUCGUGAGUUUCUGAGGCCAUGGAGCACUGUAGCAAAACCAAAGCAAUAUCGUGUGUGGGCCGGACAUGUAAAGCGGCAAAAAGCAUUUAAGUAACACAAAAACAGCCUCUUAUACACAACGAGUUUAUUAAGAACGGAGAACUUCAUUAUUCACCGGCACAACAAACGAUGCCGACAUUCAUCUUGAAUUACAACCUUGUAGCAAGCCCUGCGAAACCUGCGAAACAUAACAAACAUUACCUUGCGAAGCAAAACUCUAAACAGAAACUAUCUAACAACUUACCAUGAUGAUGAAGGGACGGCAUAACCGAGAGAAAUCACAGUUUUAGCAUAUCAUAAACGAGGGCCUUACUACGUGCGAUUUAAAAGUGAACAAGCUACUGAAGCACUUUGGUCUUACGCGUACAACAGUGGAAUGGACUUAACAUUAACGACUUCUUGAGGAAAAGCCGCAACAGCGUUGUACUUGUUUGCGCAUUUUUACUUCAGUGACUAUACCAACUCAUUUUAUACUGAAAAUUUCUAAUGCGACCUCUUGCAGGCGGAACACCAUACCCUACAGUAAACAACAGAGAGUUGCUUCGUCUUCUCAAAGAUGGAUAUCGGAUGGAAAAGCCAGACAUCUGUAACGAUGAAAUGUAAGUAGCCAUGCAGGUUAUUUUUGUUUGACUUUAAAACAUUGAUAUCGCACAUAAAUCGAAAUUCCAGUAUUGAUAGCAUCGAAAGGGUCUCAGUUUGCAAGAAGACAGCAUGAUCUUUCUUUCACCUGGUUUAAUACCAGUUGACAAAGAAACGAAAAACAGUUUCUUCUUUAGCUGAGUUACGCUGGGCGAUGAAAUCAUUUCAAUGGCUCAAUUUAUGAUAUUACUUUGCUCUUACUGUAAUAUGAUUUUAAAUUACAACAAUUUUCAUUUAAUCAAAUUUAUAAAAUGCAAUGGAUGAGGAAUUAUCAGCAUCUGAAAAAACUCUGAAGCGACUAACACCCCUAAAUCGAACCACUACAGGUACAAAAUGAUGAGGGAAUGUUGGUUGGAAAAUCCCUUCGACCGACCAACUUUCACCCUAAUCCGAGAGAGACUGGAGGAGAUGAUGCAGAAAAACAACCCAUAUUUGGACCUCAGCGUCCUCGAUGAAUCUCAGGAUUGUUACAAUGUGCCGUCUUUUAACAGUUUAGUAGAUGAAUCUGAAGAUGAAGUGUUUGACAAAGAAGAAGGCUAUGAUUUACUUGAAGAGGACCAUAAGGAGAUAAUCAAUGACAAAGAUCAGCCUAUCAAGGACUCGAAUAAAAACGAAACUGCUCCUUCGCAAAAAUCUUCAAAGUUUCCAGGAGAGGAAGAAAAUGACGAGCCAGUUGAUGUAGACAAGAUUGACUUUAACAACAUUGCUUUUCAGAGUAAUGACUUAAAUAAUCUCAAGGAGGUAAAGGUAGAUUUUGACGCUCUUGAAAUGGCGCUGUAUCGCCAUAGCGGUAGGAGAUUUGUCUUUUAAGAAGAAAUGCUGAGCCAAUGGAACCCCGAGAAAAGAACUCAAGCUGAUUAAAAGUAAGAAAGAAUACAACAAGAAAUUUUAUAUCUAUCUUUAGAAUUAUAGUACCUAAAAUACUCCAUAUUUUGUUUCGUUUUCUCACGUCAUUGUGUUUUCGUCUAAGUAUUUAUCAGAGAAAAAUAUUUGCGAAAACCCUAAAUUGCAGUUUUCACUUAGGUUUUUUCACUUAUAUUUUUAAGUGGAUUUGCGACUUACAAGUUAAACCAAUACCCUUAAGACAACAGCAAUUUUUGCAUGAUCUUUGAGAAAACUGUACACAAAUACAGAAAAUCCUCUUUUUCAUAGUUGAAGUUAUUUAUGUUAAACUUUGAGAGAACAUUGCCGAAAGCACGAGGAAAAAAGUUCAAAAUUUGUCUAUGAUCGUACGUAGUAUAAUUAUAGUAGUCGUUCGAAGCUUAACAAAUAAACAGGCGGAUCUCGUUUUUAAUGCGGUUUUGUUUAAGCUCCUCUCUUUGCUCAGUAGCUACCAGCGAAUAGAUUGCGAGUAGCGUGGCCAAUCAGACCACAGCAUCUGCCAUAAACAAUUCGUAUUACACAGCAUUUAAUUUCAAUUUCUCUUUAUUUUUCGGCGCUAAAGAGGCAGAUGUUAGACAAACAGUUAUGAAUCCCAGUUUAAUUGGGAGUGGCGCUAGUGUUAAUUUUCAGCAAUAACAUUAGUCAUUACUUCACGGGUUUAUUACGAACCUACAAAAUGACUAGCUCUCAGUUCGCUUGUUAACUUAGAACACUAUACCAGUAUCAUAGAGGUCAUGGGUUCAAUUCCCGCAUACAGGCUUGAAAUUUUUCUUUUCAGGCUUUAUUUUUACCACUGCUAACGAAAUGUUCGUUACUGCGAAGAUCACUCUCAUGUUGAAAUAUUAUCAUCGUUAUCAUAAUUAUCGAUACCACUACCAUCGCACGAGAAAAUUAUACUACCAGAGCAAGAGAUUAUAAUCUCUUGUCCAGAGUUAUGAUGACAAAUUUAGGAAAACGAAAUUUAAAAUUGAAAUAAAUAGCAUAGCUAAACCAACCGUAUACCAGUAACGAGAAAAAGCUUUUGCAGUAAAUUUAGGCCAAAAUAUUCCUUUUGUAAUUAUCCAAUGAUGGAAAACCGAACGUAACCAGCAGGAUCUGGUUUUCUUUUAUAUUAAAUAAAUACCG